CACAAAACAGCAAUGAUGGUUCCAUUGGGCUUGUGGUUCUUUGCUGCCAUUUUUCUCCUCGGCAGUCCCAGAGGCCACUGUGCCCAGAUAAUUGGAGGAAAAGAAUCAGUUCCACAUUCAAGACCUUUUAUGGCCAAGAUCAAAGGAACAAGUCUUUGUGGAGGAUCCCUGAUCAAACCGAACUGGGUAUUAACAGCAGCUCAUUGCAAAGUGAAACAAGACACUGAAGUUAUUCUUGGGAUUCAUUCAGAAAAAGACAAAACAAAACAAGUUUUUAAGGUUGUUAAGCAUGUUCCUCACCAAUGCUAUGAUAAUGUCACAAAGGAGAAUGACAUUAUGCUUCUUCAGCUUAAUAAACAAGCAAAACUUAACAAGAAUGUUGCCACCAUCAAGCUUCCUCGAGUGUAUGAUGACCUCAAGGCAGGAACACGUUGCCUUGUAGCUGGCUGGGGAAUUACUCAGAGUGGAGCAAAAACGCCAUCAGAUGUGCUCCGUGAAGUUAAUGUCUCUAUCAUUGAAAGAAGCAUCUGCAAUGACAAAAAGCACUAUAAUUAUCAGCCUCUAGUGACAAUGAAUAUGGUCUGUGCUGGUGACAAGAAAGGAGGGAAGGAUUCAUGUAUUGGUGAUUCUGGUGGUCCUUUGAUAUGCAAUGGGGAACAAAGAGGCAUUGUUUCCUUCGGUGGACAAAAGUGUGGUGUUCCCAAGUAUCCUGGUGUCUACACACGUCUCACAGAUAAAUACACCCACUGGAUAAAGACUGUUAUAGGUGGCAGUUUAUAG